GUCACGAUGUUAUGAAUUGUUUCCAGUUGCUUGGUUAUCCUGAGUGGUGGGGUGACCGACCACGUACUGAAAGAAAAGGGGCUGGUCGUGGAAAGUUGGCAUCCUCGGGUGUUGGUGGUGGUAAGGAGAUUGUUCGGGCGAAUGCAGCUAUCAUGGAAAACGGUCCUGGUACGACCGUUGGACAGACCAGCGCUGGACCGACUGGCGGGUCGGUGUCGGCUUCGGUACCUCUGCCCGGUUUUUCUGCUGAGCAAUGGCGUGCUCUUGUGGCGGCUUUUGGUAAUCCACAAUCCUCUACUGAACGCAUGAAUGGACCUUCACUCGAGGAAGCUGAUUGGAAUGGGUGAAAGACAGGAUGGACUCUACUACUUCAGGCAGAUAUCAACGGUGCAAACAGUUAUGGUGAACAAUGUGACCUCUUCUGUGGACCUCUGGCAUAAACGUUUGGGACAUCCAU